UUGAAAAAUCAUUAGUUACGAGAUAUUUUAUAUUUUAUUGUAUUACGUAGCAUAUUUUGACAUAAAGUAUAAAAUAUCUUACAAACUAUUUAUUAUUUAGCAACUGUAUCUUAAUAUCUUUAUUUACAAGAGGAAUCAAUUAAUGUAAAGUAGUUUUUCAAAAAGAUUAUGCAACUUGCAAUAUGUAAUAAUAUAUAAUAGUGAAGAGUUGCUGAAUGUGUGUAUUGGACUUCUACAGAGUAACUCUUCAAUUUUACAUUUUUACUUAAUAUGCAACAUUUACAUUUUUACUUAACAGACAACAUUUCUUGAGAAAAAUAAAAAGUAAAUAAAAAAUGAGUAAUAUUUAACAAGUUUUAUCUCUUUUUUGUGCGUGUUAUCAGUAUUUUAGAAGAUCAGAUACAUCUGAUGUAAAUUUUUCAGUAAUUCAAACAAUAGUUGAUAAUAAUGCAAUUAUACAAUUUUAUUUUGAUUUGUUAUAUUUUUAUUUCAAGAGAAGAUUUGGUGUAGAAUAUUUUUUAUUGUAAAUAUUUAAGCAUAUUUACGGUAUUGUAAAAAUUAUUGUAAAUUAAAUUGAUAUUCUUAUAAACUCUGUCAAGUUUCCUAAUUCGUACCACCACUAAUUUUACUAUAAUAAAUGACACUAGUGAAUUUAAGAUUGUUAAUAAUAAAACUAAUAAUUAAUAUAAAUAAAAAUAUAUCAAUUACAAAAAUUAAUUUAAGUUAAUUUUGUUUCGGUUACCUUACUUUUUUGCUAUUGUUAUUUAUUUAUUGAAUAUUUGAUACAUGUACAUCAUAUGUACAUCAAAUGUGUAUGAAGCAGCGUAAAUGUACAUAUAUCAUAUUUAAAUAAUUAAUUAUUGAAUAUUUGGCUGUUUUUUCGAUAAAUUAUUAAUAAAAUAUUAAGUUAACGUGUGAUUCCUGAUUUUUAAUUACUUUAAUUCAUAAAUUCGAUUUUUUUGAGUAUACGAUUUAAGAGAUUAUAGGUACGUUUUAGGCGACCGAUUUUCUAAAUAACAUCUUUCGCAUGUUACAGAAAAUCUUACAACAAAUUAAUUUAUUAUUACUGAAAGAUUUACAUGUAUUAUAAUAAUAGAUAUCUAAAACGUUAAGCUACAAUUUUAACUUUAAAUUAAAUUAAAUGCAAAAUGUUAAACAUUAAAUGCAAAAUGUUAAUUCAGCUCAUUAUUUUGUGCAUAAAAGUAUUAAGGUACUGUGAAAAAAAAGAUAAAUAGUUAACGAGAUAUUUUAUAUUUAAAUAUACCAGAAUAAAAUAUAAAAUAUUUUAUAAACUAUUAAUUUUUUUUGUAUUUUAAUAAUUUCAUAUACAAAGUAAUUAGAGGAAUCAUAUUACGUAAAAAAAGAAAUUAUAUACUUACAUUUAGAAAAAAAAGGUUACCUUAAAAUCUCAAACACCUCUAGAAAAAAUAUAUAUCCAUCAUAAAAUAUCUCCUUCACAACAAUCAGUUUUUUGUAACAUUUUUUCGUAUCCCUUGUGAUUUAACAAUUUUUUUAAACCGCACUUUUGAAGACACCCUAUAUUAGAUGAUUAAUAUUGAAUGAAAAUAAUAUAUUUCGAAUUUGAAUGUAUUGAAAAACAAAUUUAAAAUAUUAAAAUUUAAAGAUUUAAUUGUAUAUGAAUAAUAUCAACUUUUAUUGAAAAAAUAUUGAAACUUUAUCAUUUUUGUAUGUAAUAUUAAGUAUUUUUAAUUUGUUAUAUAUAAUAAUUAGGUUAAUAGCAAGUUAUUAAUUGCGUAAUAAAAAUCAGUUUAUAUCAGAGUGAAAAGACAUAAAGCCGAAUUUGCUUCGACGUAGUUUAUUUUAGUUGAUAAUGAAUACAGUCCAUACAGUGUUAAACGACAUAGUACAAAACGCAUGCCUUUGUGCGUUUUAUACUAUGGACUAAUCAAUAACUUUAUUUAAAUUAUUAAACUUAUGGCAGUGCAGGGCAUGGGUAGAAAACGAUGUAACUCGCAGAAUCGUUAACAGCUUGUAUCGAAUUUUUGACUGUGUCUAAAUUGACACUGAAAAUGUGUAUGAAGCAGCACAAAUGUACAUAUAUCAUAUAUUUAAAUGAGAUUGCUGUUCGGUAACUUUGUCUUUCGAAACUAUAAUGGGAAUAUAUGUCGCCUGUUGCAGAUUCGCGCAAAUGAAGGACGUUAGAUGAGGAAGUUUGCGAGACUGUCUGAAUUGCAGACUCGUCAGAAUGGUGGGUAACAUGCCCAGCGGAUGGAUGAGGAGGAUCCUCCUCUUCCUCGUCCUAAUGACUAGUGUCCUGCUGAUCGCCAUGUAUGCCCACGCUCCGCCACUUGCAUCGCUUCAGCCCUUCGCGACGCGACGAAGACUAGAGGACUUGCAGCGCGGCUUGGUUAAUUACCUGGUGGGUAAUGAAACCACAAUCGGACCCGGGGAACGGCUCUACGAGUAUCUGGAAGGGCCUAGGACAUUUCAAAGUCCGUGGUCCUGGGCGUGUGUGGCGAAUCGAUGCGAGAGGCGAGCGGUAAGGUCCUCGAGGACUUCCUUGGCGACCUGCACCGCGCAUUGCGGAGGGAACACUCGACUGCUGUGGCCCAGACCGACCGAGAACGUCAUCCUCGGCGAUGACAAUGUCAUCCUGCAUCUUCAGCAGAUCGAGUUUGUUACCGUAAAUACGAGCGAUCAAGAGACGAAAGAUCUGCUGGAGCAUGCGAAGGAUGUCUUUAUCGGGAACAUCAGGAGUCUGGUCAAGGUGCUGAACGCCAAGAGUCGAUCCGGUAUCGAUUCGUUCAUCGUGUACCUGAGCGCUGGCAACGCGCGGGGCAUCAUCUUGACUCUGGACACCGACGAGUCGUAUAAGUUGGAGCUCGCACAGAGGGGGAAAAUUUUAGAAGCCAGAAUCACGGCGAGAAGCUACUUUGGGGUGCGGCAUGGUCUCGAAACUCUCAGCCAGCUGAUCUGGUGGGACGAGGCUGCCGGCAAGCAGGGUGCUCUUCGCGUCCUCACACAAGCCUCUAUCGAGGACAAACCCGUGUUCUCUUAUCGCGGCCUUCUCGUUGACACCGGCAGACAGUUCUUCUCGGUCGAGGAACUGAAGAGAGUUAUCGACGGCAUGGCAGCCACGAAGCUCAACACGUUGCACUGGCACCUUACUGACUCUCAGAGUUUUCCGUUCGACUCGGCGCAGUUUCCGGAGAUGGCGAGAUGGGGCGCUUACAGUGGCGAUCACAUUUACACACCUGAUGAUGUGAAGGAUCUGGCUGAUUACGCUAGGAUACGCGGCGUCAGGAUCGUUGUCGAGAUCGAUUCUCCAGCCCAUGCCGGCGCUGGAUGGCAAUGGGGUGCGGAACAUGGUUUCGGUGAGCUGGCUUUGUGUGUGGAUCAGCAGCCGUGGUCUUCGUACUGUGGCGAGCCAAACUGUGGCCAGCUAAACCCUAUAAAUGAACACUCGUAUCGGAUACUCGAAGGCUUAUAUCGGGAACUGUUGGAUCUCACUGAAGUGCGCGAUUUGGUGCAUCUAGGCGGCGAUGAAGUUAAUCUCGAAUGUUGGGCGCAAUACAGCAAUAUCACCUUGGCCAUGCAGGCGCAGAACAUGACGGAUCAUCAUGCGCUUUGGGCGGAAUUCGAGACAAAGAUGUUGCAGCGACUGAUUCGGGCGAAUCACGACAAGGUGCCGAAAGCGGUUAUCUUAUGGAGCUCGCCAUUAACCAAGAGGCCUUACAUCAUGAUGCACUUCGAUCCGAAAAUCCAUGUGAUUCAAUCUUGGGGCGGUAGCAACUGGCCGGAAACGCCGGAUCUAUUGGAGGACGGCUUCCGGGUGAUCCUGUCGCAUGUGGAUGCUUGGUACCUAGACUGCGGCUUUGGCAGAUGGCGAGAGAGCGGUGAGGCCGCAUGCGGCGAAUACCGCACCUGGCAGACUGUCUACAAUCACCGUCCAUGGAAAGACUAUCCGCCGCAACAGUUACCUUUAGUGCUUGGCGGUGAGGCGGCAAUCUGGAGCGAGCAGACCGGACAAUCGUCCCUGGGACCUCGACUAUGGCCCAGGGCGUCAGCACUCGCUGAACGAUUAUGGAGUGAUCUACCAACGAACAGUUAUUCUACGGACGAGAACGUUUACACCAGACUAGCCGCACACAUCGAAGUGCUGAACAGCAGAGGCAUCAAGACAGAGUCUAUGUGGCCGCACUGGUGUUCUCAGAAUCCCGGAAAAUGUCUCUGACCGAUCGUUAGAGAUUUGCUACUUAUUCACCAGUCGUUUCACGAGUACUGUACUUGCGGCAUUGAUAUACAUGCAAAAACGGGACUCCACACGAAGCGGCGACGUCAGCCGCAAGUCCUGUCGGUGAUCGAAAUCGAUCUCAUUCGCGCAACGGCAACACAUAUUCGUGAUCCAUGGGACCUUUCGAUGAUGCACAUCCUGCCGACAAAACUGACAAUCGUUCCUGCUCGAUAAAUCACUCGACAGCUCUCCCGCUCGCGAGAGACGAAAUUUUCAAAGCGUUCGGUGAACAACAUCGAUAUAGCGAAUAACCAUGAAGCUCUCUCUACGUAUGUAAUGUAUACGCAAACACACGAUAAAGCUGCGAAAUUCCGCAAACGACAGCGGAUAAGUCGUAACUUUAUAACCAACACGCGUUAACUUGACAUAGAUGAACGCGUGGUUAGAUAACGUAGGACGAAUAAAUCUCUUGUGAAGAGAUUUGAAAGAAAGCCUCAUACAAGCUUAGUUUUAUAAGCGUCUACUUAACGAAUCGAAUGAUUGUAAUCAGAUGGAACCGCGAAAAUUUUAUGUGAUGUUUAUGUGAUUAUUAUGCAUAGGAUCACUCAAAGUCUAAAUUGUAUGUCGAUCAUGAAUAUCGGAGAUCUUUUAAUUUUUUUUCGUUGUUUAGAAAAUAUCGCCGUUUCAAAAGUAAGUUCAAUGUUGGCGAAAAAAGAAUAUAUGGUGUUUGUGAAUUAUUGUAACAAAAUUAAUAUCUGUUUAUCACGUUAUCCGUUAAGCUGCUUUUCGAUCUCGAUCUUUUUAUCAAAGUACAAAAAAUUUGUAUUCGAGUUUUUCAGAGAUUCUUUUCAGCGCGAUACUUGCUUUUCAACAAAUGUCAUGUCUCUUUUUUUAUCGUUUCGACGACGCUAGAAUUGUGAACGGUACUCUGUUAUAUAUUAAUCGUUUAAUCACAUUAUAUUGCAUGAUGAUGCAUGAUUGAGACAAAUUGGGACAAUUGCGCUCUAAUAUUGAGAGAUGACGAGGCACUAUCUUGUUGAUCGAGGCUCAGUUAGAGUCCUAACGAGAAGGAGCAACCAACAAAUGAGAAAGAAGGUACGACGACACAUAUGCGGUAUCGCAAUACGCAGGAAACUUAUCGUGUUAUCUCUCGGAUUCAAGAUGAAUCCAGGAUACUAAGGCUGUCACGUAGACUAGCUUUAUCACUGGAACGCCUCAGCCAGAGGCAAUUUUGUAGCGCGUAAUUUAGCUUUUUAAUGAUUGAGAUUACAUUACUGAAAGUAUAAGUAACAUAACGAAAAAAGCAUGUAUGAAUGUGUAAUUUUUAUGUUACGACGUGAAUGUCGAUCGGUCGAGAAAAAAAGAAAAUAUGUUUGCGAUUGGUCUAUUAUCGCGUAUGAUGAAAAUGCUUGAUAUUGGAAAGCUUAAGAUUUCGCUGAUUCGUCAGCACGCUAAUAGAACUUUCUAUACUUAUCGUCAAUGUAAAGAUGCUCAGGGCAGAGUGACAUAAUUGACGGAUACUUCUUACACGCGCGUAAAAUGAAAAAUACGUCCGAGGCUUUUUUGGCUACUCAUCUAAUGCUUAAACAAUACUAAGAACUUUAUCGAGCAAAAAUUACAUUUAAUGCUAUUGCUUUAUCGAGCGGUUGUUAAUUUAUAAACAUAAUCAUAUUGAAAUAAAAAUAAUAUUGUACGCAGUGCCGCAUUAACUUGUUUGGGUUAAAAUAUUUUAAGCUUUUUGUAAGAUGUAAUCUGGGUAAGAUUUUUUUCAGAAAUUAUAUUAGAUUAGAAAUUCUUAUAUAUAAAAUUGUUAUUAUUUAUAUUUUACAACCCUAAUUUUUUAUCACAAUCAUCAAAAUUUUAUACAUUUCAUGAUUUUAAAAGUUGAUUUUCCAUGAGUUUGCUUAAAAAAAAUCAUUUAUAUCUAAUUUCUUAGGUAUACAAUUUUUGUUAAUGUUUUCUAAUUUCUUAAAAAUUUUUUUUAUUACUCAACUAAAAAAAUUUUAUUGUACAAUUUACUAUCUUGAAUUAUAAGCCCAUUCAAAUACUAUUUAUUAAUACGACACUGAUUGUACAAUACUUGUUUGUAUAAAUUGUAUAAAAUAAAUAAGAAAUAUUUUAAUUUUGUUUCGAAAAAUAAGAGAAAUACAUUGUAAAUUAUAUUAUUUUAUUUUUGGUCUGAUAAUGAAAUUACCGAUUUCAAUAUCGCGUUGUGAUUUCUAAUCAAGCCUCAUGCUUGAAAAAUGAUUGUAUGACAUUUGUAUCGACACGACGAAAAAUUUGACUGAUAGAACCUACACAAAGAAACUCGCCCAAUUAUAGUAAUUCCAAGAGGCACGCAAUUAUUUAAGCAACACGAUUAAACAUGAGUAAGAGGCGACCCGCACGUGAAAAUUCGCCCCUUUAAUCCCUGUAUAAUCCGUGGCCUAUGAAUAUUAAGAAAACAUGCGAGUAAUCCUUGAAAAAUUUGUACAUACUUUAUAAUGAUGUAGGGAGCAAUUUAUAAUAUAUAUAGAUAGGUAUGUAGAUAGAGGCAAAUAGCUAAGGUAAUUAUCUGAAUCGAUAGACAGUUAUAUUUAGGCGAAUAAGUAGACAAAGGAAAAUAAGCGAACCGCUCACAAGGAACGAUGAGGGGGGAGGGGGGGCGUCGGGCGAAGAAUAUAAUGUAAGAGAAUUUUAAAAGAAAAGAUGUUGGAAUAUCUGUACUUACCGAAACUUAUCGAUAUGGCUGUAAGAGGAGUUAAUUCUUUCAUGCGUUUCUAGAUCUUACAGAAAUAUAAUACUGGCAGGGAUGGGAAGUAACUCGUUACUUGUAAUGAAGUUACAGUUAGAACUACUUUUUUUGUAACUGUAACUUAACUUCGUUAUUUUUUUUCCAUCUGUAACUAUAACUUUACUUAUAUUAUUUGUGUAAAUAGUAACUAAAUUAAUAGUUAUUUUUAUAGUUAUUUUACAUAUUUCAAACUCAUUUGUCAAUUUAGAUUGCAUUUACAAACAUCACCAGAGUGGUGUCAUGUAUCAUUUUAUCAUUAUUUAACAAUUGGUAAACAACAAAAAUAAAAUGAUAUAUGUAUAUGAGGGUACUUAGCUGAUGUUUUUAAAUGCAGCUUUAACGUGAUUGGUUAGAUUUUAGAACAGAGUUCAUAUAGCUUUUAUGUGUACAUGCAUAUAAGUAAUUAAUAAGACAUGUCACAUGCAUCUCAUACAAUUAAAGAUACUUUACGUGAAUGCUCUUCAGCAAAUGACACAAAUAGACAUAGGAAUAAUUUUAUGUUUGUUUCUUACUAAAUUUCAAGCAAUAGCGUCCUUAAACUUGACACCACGUUGUAAUAUAAAUAAAAUAAUUGAGUGAUGUUAGAAAUGUAAAAGUCUAGUAUUUAAAUUAUUAAUGCUUUAAAAUAUUACAAGAAAAACAGAAAAGUAACUUCUUGUUAUUUUUUGAAUAACUAUAACUAUAACGAGUUAUUUUUUAAAUUCAGUAAUUUGUAACUGUAACUAGUUAUUUUUGUGAAGAAAAAAAUUGUAACUAGAUAUUUUUACAAAGUUACAACUUUCCCAACCCUGAAUACUGGCAGUAGUAUUUGCUAGUAAUCAUUACUUAUUUUUAAUGUUAAAUGUACUAACCAUUAUGUACUUUAAUACUCAAAAUAAGUAAUAAUUACUGACCAAUUUAAUAUUGCUAAUAUUACAUUUCUAUAAGAGGUUACGAGAUGUAAGAUCGUCACACAGAGUCGUGCAACACACACAUACUGCACUAGAAGGGCCUCAAAUGCUAAGUGGUCCUGAAAUUUCGAAUAAGAUAUAACUAUUUAUUUUUGUUUAUAUCCAAAUUAAUUUCUAUCUGAAUUAUAUUUAAAAUUGAUAAAAUAAUAUUUUAAAUUUAAUAAAAUCUUUAUUGUCAUACUUAACUUUUAUAAUAGAUAAUCUGAUAAUGAUUGCCUGAUAAUUUAACCCUAUAACAUUUUCUGCAAUUGUAUAUGUUAGCAAAAGAUUAUGUUAAUAGAAAAGCUAAAAUGGGAAACAUACUUUGUUAUUAUUAAUUCUAUUAGCACACUUCCAUCAAUAUGCAACAAUCUCUGUCGGCAAAAUAUACAGCAGAGUGGCAGCUAAUAGUAAUUAUGUAUCGAACAUAUUGAAAGCAAGUUGAUGACAAAUGCCAAGUAGUUAAGUUUAAUGAAAGGCGUAUGUUCUUAAAAAUUAACCAUUUAUUUACGAAGAAUCUUUCUAAAUUCAUGAACAUGUAAAGGAUUAUUUUUAUUUUUGCUGUUGCAAAUAGUAUUUGUAAACAUCUUAUAAAAAUGUAACCGCAUUUAAUGAUUAAAAUACAAGAGAGAUUGGCAACCAACAGUAAAUAAAUCUAUCGAACGUACGGAUGACAGGCAAAUCCGUGUUCAUUAAAGUCGCUCAUUCGCUAAUAGUACCGCUGAUAGCUUGAUGCGAUGCAGUUUACUUUUGCAGUUUACUAAGUAAAGAAUACAAUGAAAUAAAAGACGCGGUAAUAUGAAAUUUUUCAUUUAUAUAUUUCAAUGAAAUGACUUUGAAGGCGAGUAUUUAAAAUUGAGUUUGAAGACAAAAAUAAAUGAGAUGCAUUUUGAUAGUACAAUUUUUAAUUCUAUAAAAAUUAUUAUAUAAAGAGUUUGAUAUUGAUCUGUUUUCAGUUUUGGACACAGAUUUGGUUUAAACUUAACACUACUUUGUUAGCGUAUCUCUGUUAGCAUAUAGCCGUUAGAGUAAAUCUAAUCGAAAUCUGAUUUGCAUUUGUUAUGAAUUUGUAAAUGCUUUAUGAGAUAAACGAUCUGCUCCAAGUUUGUUGCCAAACUAUCGUUGCAUUGUUAUUGUGUCACAACUAAAAUGUUUGCUAGGAAGCAAUUAUUGAUUAUAUAUAUUGUUAUAAUAGCAUUAUAUAAAUAUUCUUGUGCACUGAGUAAUAAGAAAAGAAUCAGAUAGAUAAAAAUAGAUAAAGAAAAGAUAGAGAGCAGAGAUACAUUCUUUAUUACUUUUCAGUUUUUAAUCCUUUAGCUAGAAGAGCGUAUGACCUGAAAUAUUAAUCACUCAUUUACGAAGAGUAUGUUUCUAAAUUCAUGAACAGAUAAGUUUAACCCUUUUGUACUAGAGUCUUGAAAGUUUUCUGUACGGCCCUGGCGGUAUUAAAGAUACCGAAUAUCCACAUCUUAAAUUAUGAUGUCACAUAUCUCAAAAAAUAUUCAAAUAAUAAAAUUUAGUUUGAGAGAGGAAGAGAAAGAAAAAGAUAUAUCUUUUGAUUUAAUUAGAACAGAGAGAGUAUUUAAUAUUAAAGAUUAAUAAUCUAAGUACCUAAUAUUUAAACAUUAACUGCUGUUGCUGUUUAAUUAAUUUUUCUAUUAUUUUCGUGAUAAUACAUAUAUUUUUAUGACAUCAUAGUUUAGGAUAGCUGAUAUAAGUAUCAAAAAUUGUUAAGAUUGCAGAUGCGCACACGAAUUACUCCUCCGGUUAUUUCAUACGUCUUAAUCUCGGAAAUAAUGAAACAAGGAUCGAUAGGUAGGGAUAAAUGUUACGUAAUGAUAACAUUUUAUUGAUUAUCGUUGAUAAGAAUUUUACGACGAUUAGGACGGUGAUAUUUACGGUACGUAUACUUAUGCGACUUUCUUCGGUCCGCAACGAUGAAUGUAUAUAAAUAAAAUAUAAUUGUGUGAAUGUGUGUAUGUGUGUGUGUGUGUGUGUGUGUGUGUGUGUGUGUGUGUGUGUGUGUGUGUGUGUGUGUUUGUGCUUGUGUGUAUAUGUUUCAACGGUUCUCCGAAUUGAUUCGAGAAAAAUAUACUCUGUUAUGACGUGUCUCUUACACGGAUUUAACAUAAAAUGAAUUUUGAAUACAUUA